CAACAAAUUCUGUCUUUGAAGCUUUUUUUUUUUUACUAUUGUUGUUGUUCUGCACCUGUAAUCUGUUUCUCCAAAGCAAAGACUUCUCAAUGAUAGUCCAGUCCUCCGCGCGCAACAGCACUUGAUCUCGGCGGGAGGAAGCGGACAAAGGAAAAGAUGACCAUCCACGCCGAGGGUCUCGUGGCUAUCGUGGUGUUCUAUCUCCUGAUCCUGGUCGUGGGGAUCUGGGCCGCGUGGAAGAAUAAGAACUCUGGAGUCGGCGAUGGCGGAGAACGGAGCGAGAGCAUUAUGGUUGGGGGGAGAGACAUCGGCUUGUUCGUUGGCGGAUUCACAAUGACCGCCACUUGGGUCGGUGGGGGCUACAUCAAUGGGACAGCAGAGUAUGUCUAUCUGCCAGACUACGGCCUGGCCUGGGCACAGGCACCAUUUGGUUACGCUCUCAGCUUGGUAGUAGGUGGCCUUUUCUUUGCCAAACCCAUGCGCUCCCGUGGAUACGUCACCAUGCUGGAUCCCUUUCAGCAGCUUUAUGGGAAAAGAAUGGGAGGCCUGCUCUUCAUCCCUGCACUGAUGGGAGAAAUCUUCUGGUCUGCAGCCAUUUUAUCUGCACUGGGUGCCACUCUGAGCGUGAUCGUGGACAUAAACAUCAACAUGUCAGUGGUGAUCUCAGCUCUCAUAGCCAUCUUCUACACACUUGUCGGAGGACUCUACUCAGUCGCAUACACCGAUGUGGUGCAGCUCUUUUGCAUCUUUGUGGGCUUGUGGAUCAGCGUGCCUUUUGCUCUGUCCCAUCCGGCUGUGACAGACAUCAGUGUCACAGCAAAAGAAGUCAUUUACCAGUCGCCCUGGCUGGGGAAGAUUGAACCUGAGGACAACUGGCUCUGGGCAGACAACUUCUGUUUGCUGAUGUUGGGGGGGAUUCCCUGGCAGGUCUAUUUUCAACGGGUUCUUUCUUCCUCUUCAGCUACCUAUGCCCAGGUCCUCUCCUUCCUUGCCGCCUUUGGCUGCUUGGUCAUGGCCGUACCCUCAGUCCUCAUAGGAGCUAUAGGGGCUUCCACAGACUGGAACCAAACUACUUAUGGGCCUAUCCCCCCAAAAGAUAAGGAAGAAUCAGACAUGAUCCUUCCCAUCGUGCUUCAGCACCUCUGUCCACCUUACGUCUCCUUCUUUGGCCUGGGUGCAGUGUCGGCUGCAGUCAUGUCAUCGGCGGACUCCUCUAUUCUCUCGGCCAGCUCCAUGUUCGCCAGGAACAUCUAUCAGCUCGCCUUUCGGCAGUCGGCCUCAGAUCGCGAGAUUGUUUGGGUGAUGCGUAUCACCAUCUUUAUAUUCGGAGCCCUCGCCACUGCUAUGGCGUUGCUAACAGGAUCCGUGUAUGGCUUGUGGUACCUUAGCUCCGACCUGGUCUAUGUCAUCAUCUUUCCCCAGCUGCUCAGUGUGUUGUUUGUCAAGGGCACCAACACGUACGGCUCUGUCGCUGGUUAUGUCUUUGGUCUCCUGCUGCGCAUUGGUGGAGGGGAGCCCUACCUCAAACUCCCUCCCUUCAUCUUCUACCCUGGCUGGGUGGCCCAGGAGAAGAGACACCAUCUCACUGGUGAAGUCGAGUACUUUGUCCAGCAGAGGUUUCCGUUCAAGUCUGUGUCCAUGGUGGCGUCCUUUUUGGCAAACGUGGGCUUCUCUUACCUGACAAAGUACCUCUUUGAGAGUGGCAUGCUGUCGCACAAGUACGACUUCCUGGACGCCGUCGUGUCCAAGCAUAGCAAGGAGAUCAUGGACAAGGCUACGCUGGUGAGCAACCACGACAACAUUAUUCUCUCGGAGAUGGCGCCCGUCAGACAGGUCAUAGGGGCUUCUCUAGCGGGGACCUUCACCAACGCUGAGGCGCUCAGUGAUGAAGGGGAAGUUAGUCCCGAGGCUUUUCAGAAUUAAAAAACGAGCGCAACAAAAGGCACAAAUGAAACUAGAACCAAGGAAUAUGAAGAAGAAGGAAUAGCCACAGAGGCAUCGACAUUCUUCAGGAAGCUUGCUACUGCCGCACUGGAAGCUCAGUCAACAGAAAUGUGCUUUGACUUCAAAGUGACUCCACAAGUUUGUUUUAAUGCUGAUGACAUGGUGCCUCCUUCUUUUUUUGAGAUUCCUUGCCUAGAAACAGGAAGUUGACUGUCAAACAAACCACUGUGUUACGCGUACCAUUACUCACUCCGUGUGACUGUGAAUCCAAAACCACGACAAUAGUUUUUAAUUUAAGUGCUGCUACAGUAGUGAGAGAGAAACUUUAAGUAAACGUACAGUGAGCCUGUGUGAGGAUGUCGUCAAGACUUUGCAGGCGGGCGAGAGAAUGGUGCGAUAUCUAACCGCGAAAUUGUGUCGUCGUCAACAAAGGUGAGAAGUCGUUGAAGUGUGUCUGUGUGUAAGCUCCAGAAUCUUUUUUCUUUCUGACUGAGUUGUACGUUUGCAUAGAAUAUGUUUAUUAAUAGAGCAAUAAUAUUUUUUAGGAUCUAUAUUUUGUUGAUCGAUGACUGUAUGCGGAUCUUUUAACUUGAACACCAGUGAGUGGAUUCUUGUGUGGAUUAUAUGCUGUGCGUUCACCUUCUUCCUAAUCCUCCGGCCAUAAUUAAGAACCUCCUCACCCUUUCAUCUGAUAUUCACACACACGCCGAGGAUGAGCAGGAACUAAACAGGAGGUUCAGUUCAGUUUAGACUCUGCAAAAUACCAGAUUACAAUAAUUCACAGCAUUUUUGAACAUACGCCUCUUCUCCUAUAAUAUCCUGAUGCUGUUGCUGAUUAAAUAUAGAGAUAUGGAGCAACACGAUCACCCAUUUAAAACUGCAACUAUGUCCAUCUAUGUAGCGCAGUGUUAAAUAUUCACACUACACACCUCUGUCUUGUUCUCCACCUCCUCAUGAGGUACAUUUUCUGACUUCAAACUGUACAUUUAAAUAAAGACUGUGUCGUACAGCUUUAAUAAAUAUCCAUGUCCAUACAAGACACAUGUGGCACGACAUAUUUGUACUAGACGCAAGACAUCCAAGUGUAAUCACACAUCACAUCGAUAUAGUAAAGCUGUACGUCCAAAAAAAAAAGAAACAUCAUUUUGUUGUUAAUAACCCCAAGCAUCCAUUGGCUUCCAUUCAUAGACAUUAUUUAAACAUGCAGCCCUCGUUGUUGUCGUUGUUAAACUUGCAAACAUCUCUGAUGUGUUUUGGCAUGACCACAUCACAACACGUUCACAACAAUAAAAGCACAUAAUGAUGGUGUUCACUGUGUGAGUUAAUGUAAAUGAAUGGAAAACAAACUAUUGCUGGGAUAGGACGAACAUUUAGAAACGCAGAACAUGACAUAACAUACCUUGAUAUUAUGUUUAAAGGACCAACGUCUUUGUAAAUUUUCUUUAAGAGCCUAUUUUUAAUCAAAUAUGCCCGUGUGCUUGUGUGUGUCUGUGUAAUAGUGUUUUUUCUGCACUGACCGACCAGCCACAGCAGGUUAGUGGCGACAGGAAAUGAUUUUUCUCUCCAAACGUGGUGUCAGUAGCGCCACUUGUUAUUGAUCCAGUCCCCAGUCAAUUAGCCUUCAGGACAUUUGAUUAACGCAGAAAAUAGGUUCAACACUGUGGUUUACAGGGGGGGUUUGUUUUACGGCGUAUUUAUUAUACGCAGUGACGAAGAGUUGAAAGGGUGAUCUUUCAUGGUCAAGGGGUUGGCUGUUUUAAAUGAUCUGACACACACCGCUGUCACUGUAAACGAUGAGGAUUUCUGACAUGGCUAAAGAUUUCCUAUUUCCAGUAUGUGUUUGUCUUCUCGUAACACUGUUGUUGUUGUUUUUUUGACUCUCUGUACUUGCCUUAAUUCAAAGGUCAGCAGUGUAGUUGCAAACGUUUCCUUUCUAAAACCCUUGAAAGAUAAGGCUCAUGGUUUACUACUGUAUUUUAUUUAUUUUAGGCAACUGUUGAUUGCCAAAAAUGGGUCAGUAUUUUUCACUAUAUCUCACUAAAUCAUUUGUUUGGAAGUAUUUUCAUAUGUGGAUGAAUACAUAUUUGAUGUUUUCUGGACAUCAAUGGUGCGCUCGGCAACAGAGGAACAAGACGUGAGGCUGUGAGACUUUGGCUGUAUGUAAACAAGUUGUUAGGAGAUUCAUGUCACUGUUGUUGUUUUUUUUUCAUCAGUCAGAAAAAUAGAGUAAACAUCAACCUUAUCUUUCAAGGUAGCAAGGCCUUGUAGUUCUUCUUUACCACAGCUCGGGAACAAAUCCACAUAUGCGUCCACACCUCACGGUAAAAUAUUCUAAAUCCUAAACCUUUCGUGUCCAGUCUUUAACUUUUCAUCAACUAUCUUCUUCAAAGUGAACGGAGUGACUUGUGUUCUGACGCUGUGCAAAGCAUCAGAGCAUCACACCGGCAAUUAAAUGUGAACGUAAACGUCCCACGUCAUGAAUUAAGCCUCAUAAUGAGUGUGUCGUAGCUUAGGUUCGUCCACAAACCUGACCACGCGUGUGCGCACAGAAAAGAAUCAACGUCAGCUGAUGUCUGACUGACACGUGUUUGUGGCUCUAUGUGGUUUAAAGUGCAAUGAUGCUGUAUUUUUGUGUGACAAAUGUACAUAUACCAAAAAAAAAGAUGACUCUACUUUUAAAUGCAGCAUUGGAAAUGAUGUUUGUUGACAGUGAAAUUACAGCUAUUUAUUAUUUAUUCGUUCAUGUAGUGUCUAUAAAAUGUGAGGUCAGUUGAAUAAA